AUGAUUACAACUACGCGACUUGGUAGCACCCCUGCUGUGGCUGACCAGUACAUUCGAAUGACAUCUUUCGAUGACGAUAGAACUCUAGCAGAUUCAUCUGUCGAUCAGCAGCCGAAGGGUAGUACUGAGGCCAGCCAGGCUGCUCCUUCUUCUACGGUUAUCAGUGAAGACGAUCUUACCCUAUCUGAGAUUCCUCCCUCACAGGUUAAAGAGUACCAUACUGGCUUCUUCUUAGCCAAUCUUAUCCUUAGAUUGUGGGACGAAUUCAAAAAUUCUUCGCAGGUCAACAAUCAGUUGCCUCUAUUGAGGCCAGGAUUCCGUCCCACAAUGAGAAGAUUCCGCCAUAUGUCGACUAUUAUCAAGCUCAAUGCUGCCAUCUGCGCAAGUACCUUUAUGUUUGUACUAUACAUCUUGCCCGUCUCUGUUUUCGUUAAACUAGCAUUGUUUGGUGCAUUAUCUCUCCUUAAUACCGUUCCUGUGCUUUCUCAGUUUUUCUUCUAUGGCAUGCCCGUCUUGGCAUGGGUGUUUUUGUUCUUUUCUGCCGCAAAGGUCCCUGAAGCAUGGAGACCUCCUAUCUCGGUCAAAUUCUUACCUGCUAUGGAAAACAUCCUUUAUGGCGAUAACUUGUCAGACAUAUUGGCCGCUUACCACAACACUUUCCUCGACCUAUUGGCUUGGUUCCCUUAUGGUAUCGUUCAUUUUGGAGGUCCAUUUGUCGUGGCAGCUUUGAUAUGGCUUUUUGGACCUCCAACAGCUUUAAGGUCGUAUGGUUGGUCAUUCGGAUAUAUGAAUCUUCUUGGCGUUUUCAUUCAACAGGUAGGUGCUUCCGCUCCUCCAUGGUAUAAAAACCUCUAUGGCCUUGCUGCUGCUCAUUAUGGUAUGUCCGGAUCUCCAGGUGGUUUGGCUCGUAUCGACGAAUUAUUUGGCUUUGACAUGUACACUACUACAUUUAGUACAGCGCCCCUCAUUUUUGGUGCUUUCCCAUCCCUUCAUUCUGCUUGUUCUACUAUGAGUGCUCUUUGGCUCUCUUACCUAUUCCCUAAGUAUACUGCUUGCUUUGUUUGUUACGUUUGCUGGCUUUGGUGGGCUACCAUGUAUUUGACCCAUCAUUAUUUCUUCGAUCUAACAGCUGGUUCCGUGUUAGCCGUUUCAUUCUUCUACGCUGCAAAGUUUACUUCUUUACCAUUGAAGGAUCCUAAAUGUUGGUGCAGAUUUAAUUAUACCCAGCUAAAAUACUUCGACACCCACGCGGAGGACCCUCUAUUCGAGUCUGAAGAACUUAAUAACGCGUCAGGCUUGGAUGCUGGUUUCUCUAUGGUUGAAGAGCCUGUUAUUGAAACAAUUUGA